AUGGAGAUCAUCUCGAAAGAAAUCAUCAAACCAUCAUCCCGGACCCCUGAUCACCUCAAAACUUUCAAACUCUCAUUGCUCGAUCAACUCACUUUACAUACAUACACUCCCAUUAUUCUCUUGUACGACUCAGAAACCCAAAUUAGCGGUGAUGUUUUGAAGAAAUCUUUAUCCAAAAUCCUAACAAAAUAUUACCCAUUCGCCGGACGACUUAAAGAAGACGGCAUCACCAUUGAUUGCAAUGAUGAAGGAGUGGUUUUCGUGGAAGCUAAAAUCAUUGGUUGUAGACUCUCCGAUUUCCUUCAAAAUCCAAACUACGAAACACAAAGCUUACUGUUUCCUGAAGGUUUUUUGUGGAAAGGAUCAUGCAUUGGUUACACUUUUCUCGCUACUCAAGCAACAUACUUCGAGGGUGGAGGCAUGGCAGUGACUAUAUCCAUGUCCCACAAGGUUGCAGAUGCACCAUCUGUUGGGAUUUUCCUUAGCGACUGGGCUGCCAUGGCACGAGGAGAAGAAAGACCACCACCGUUAAUCCUUGCUACAUCCAUACCUUCAUUGGAUCUUGCAUACACAAUGCCUGAGAUCGAGAUUGAAAUGAGUGAAACCCUAAUCACAAAAAGGUAUGUGUUCCAUGCGGAAAACAUAUCGAGAUUGAAACGAUCAGUAUCGGGGUUGGUGGAAAACCCUACAAAGAUCGGGAUUGUUACUGCGUUUCUUUAUAGAUGUGCGGUUGCUGCUUCCAUGGCGAAAUUAGGUUCUUUCAAAAAGUCUACUUUGAUUCAGUUAGUAAACAUGCGGCCACGAAUGACACCACCAUUACCGGAAAAUUCCAUCGGAAACUUCACUUGGUAUUUCACAACGUCAAACAAUCACCAAAGUGAAACCAGUCUGGGAAAUUUGGUACUUCAGAUGAAGAAAGGAGUCAAAGAACUCGGAGAUAAAGAUGAUCUCUAUGAUUGGUUAAAUAGCGUUAGGGAUUCUGCAUAUAAUGUAAAAGAGUUGUUUGAUAAUCUUGAAGUUUACAGGUUUAGCCACGUACGUGGAGGUUCUUUUUACCAGAUGAAUUUUGGGUGGGGGAAUCCGAAGUGGGGCACCAUUGCAGAUGUGUUGGUGAAGAACACAUUCAUCUUGUAUGAUACACCAGACGGAUAUGGAGUUGAAGUUGUGGUGAGUCUUGAAGAAGAACACAUGAGAUUAUUUCAAAGUAAUGAAGAACUUCUUGAGUUUUCUUCCGUGAACAGAACUUUUCAAUUGGCGUCGAUUUCCCAGUCGCGCAUGUGA